AUGCCUAGUAACAAAAGCCCAUCCAGUGUUACGCCUAUUGAUCAUCUCGAGCCUGCGCGAGAUGACGAGGACGAUACGGCUUCAAUCGCAAGCUCUGACAUGUCGACGACCUCGACCGAGAUGUUCGAACAUGAGCCCUUUGACACCUUCCAGUCUAAGGUAUCCGAGCUUUGCAGGAAGGAGUGGCCACAUCUCUGUAAAGAUACCUUGACUACCACACGCAUGGAUGGUGGCUCCUAUAAUCGUGUCAUUGGCAUUAGGGCUGACAGCUCCGGGGAACCAGCGAGCUGGAUCAAGCUUCAAGUACUACAAUUUCUGCGAAAUGUAUGCCCAAGUAUGAUUCGCAAGACAGAGAUCCGAGAUUAUGUCCUCCGUACACCGCGCAACGAGCAUGCGUGGGUUGGACACGAAAUCGCCAUCCUCAAAUUUCUUGCUACAACUAGUGUCCCGGUACCGAGUGUCAGGACAUUCGAUCUAUCGGCUGAGAACCCUAUUGGUAAUCCAUACAUGAUUCAGCCACGGCUUCCCGGCAAGUCUGAGCUUGAAAUGUACCUCAAGCUCAACACGCAGCAGCGCAUUUGCUUCGCACAGGAUCUAGGUUCCGCACUGAAGGAGAUGGGCAACAUCAAGUCGUCAUCCCCAGGAAAUUUGGACCCCGACGCCUUCCUCGCCAGGUCGUCAAAUUUGCAGGUUCUGCGCUUACACUGCCCACCACGGAACGCAUUUCGCCAAGUGCACUCUGUUGAGCCCUUCGUACUAUCUACCCCUCAGACCGUCUAUGAGUUUUUCGUCUCACAGUUUGCUCGUCAACGCGCAUACGAUCUCACGCUCCACCGUAAAUACUUGAAUCCUUGGAAACCCUUCACAGCCAUCAUCCAACAUCUACACAGGCUGGGUUUCCUAAACGAAAACAUCUACGCACUGACACAUAUGGAUUUGGAACCCCGCAACAUACUCAUCUACAUCACUUCUCCUACCAAUGCGAAGCUCUCCGCAAUCCUAGACUGGGAUGAAACCGUCUUCGCCCCCACCUUCACAAACUGUCGUCCCCCACCCUGGCUCUGGCAUACCGAAGACGAUGGCGAUGAGGAACUAGAUGAAGCUGCUGCCAACGUUACACCAAAGAAUGCAGAUCUUGCAGCUGUGAAAAUGGCUUUUAAAAAGGCUGCUGGUGAAAAGUACUGUAAGUGGGCUUAUGCGACAGAGUAUAGGCUUGCGAGAGACAUCGCGAAAUUGUCUAUCAUGGGCAUUUGCUCUAACGAUGAUUAUGAUACUGCACGGAGGAUUGUGAGGGAAUGGAAUGAGCUGCACGCGAAAACGCAACUUGAGGUUUGUGAGAUCUUUGACGAUGAGGAAGAUAAAUAG